AUGGCAUGGUUGGAACACCAUAAUCCAUGGAUUGAUUCGAGGUCGAAGACCUUGAGUGCUACGCGCACGUCUCUUGGUGGGAUUUUGGUGAGUCAUGAACCCACCUCUGCUAGAACGCAGAAGCGCUAUUGGCGCGAGCACUGGACCGAGUUGGUCGAUGUGCUGGAUAUCGGAGUAUCCGAGUUGUCGAGCACCGGUUCGUGGGCUGAUCCGUGGAUUGACACGAAAACUACUAAGCACUGCUCACGUUACGAAGCAAUUGGUGCAUGCCAAGAGUGGCAUGGCGGACGAGGUCCGAGGCAUCUUGGGCAAGGCCCUUCUAAUUCGCGUGAGGUGACGCGGUAUCCACUGGACGAAGACUGCGGAAAUAGUAACUCUUCGUCGGAUGUUGUAAAUAUCAUUAAGGUUUCGAUAGGGCAGGGAGUGGAAAAACUGGACGAUGCUAAAUGCGUGUUCGCACUGGUCUCGAUGAGACGUCUCUAUAGAGAAAAGACGGAGAUGCCGCAUGCUAUUCGCAAGACGCAGAGCAUCAACCCUGAUCAGGAUGUGUCUACCGUAGACGAUAGCACACAGCUAUACACCCUUGUCAACGGUAUGACGGGAAAGGAAGACGGCGACGUCACACUGAAGGCUAUUUCCGCGGUAGAUGCUCCUCUUAAGCUGGACGAGAUGUCGUUCGAAGAGUUUGGCGGUGCCUUGAAGGCAGGCGGAUAA